AGUAUACCUGCAAUAACAUCGUUACAAUCGUGAAAUUGUGGAUUUAUCCUCGAACGAGGGGGAAGGGAGGGGGAGGAGGAGGAGGAACAAAAGAUCAAGAUCGGUUUUCAUUAUAUAAAUCAAAUUCCAAGCAAAUAAUAAAUAAAAUAAUCUCGGUCGUAGCCGCCUCGACUCUGGUCGAAUCGAAAUAUCGCGAGUCGAGACGCGCGAGUCGAGAAAGGGGAAGAGGAGAGCGACGAAUUCUUCGAAAUUCUCCUUUUCUCCCCCCCUCCCUAUACCGUGCACGUGUAUAACCCCAAUCUCGACAAAGAUGACAUUGACCCAAUAAGACGAUCGAAGGGUGUAUUCUCGCGUUGUUAACUCCUUGCUCGACGUCGCGAAAAUUCGAAAGUUGAAAAGUUCAGAAAGAUUUUUCCCUAAGGUUAAAAAAAAGAAAAAAAAGAAAAAAAAAAAAAAAAAAAGGCCUCUCCGAUUUCCCUCAAUCCCGACCUAACCUUCGUUCCAACGAUGCUCGUCCCAGUGCUCGGGGAUAUAACCGCGUAUCGCCGAUCUCGUUUCCAUUCGAGCCGUAAGCCACGAUGACGAGAGGACGACGACGACGACACGCACGCUUCGGUACACGUACGCACAAUGAGCGACUGUUCCUCGGGACGAUUGUCACGGAGGAUCGUCGACCAAGGGGAAUGGAUUAAUCGUCAUUUCCGGAAAUUGGCCUCCCUGUACAGAAAAUCGCCGUGCCUUUGGAAGAAGGACACGUGGAGCUACUUGAACAGCGAGCAGAGGCAUCGCGCCUACGCGCGGAUCCACGUCGCCAUGAAUCUGCCCCGAGUAACAUUCGUCGAGAUCGUUUUGAAGAUUCGGGAGAUGAGGCGAUUAUACGUGAACGAGUUGAGAAAUCUGUUGGAGGCGAGAUCGAACGGUUAUUACUACCAGAUCCAGAUACCGUGGUUCUAUGAAUUGCAUCGAUUUCUCUACCCGUACCUGGAUUACGACGAGGCAGUCGAGUUGCACAAAAUAGACAAAUCUUGCGGCGAGUGCAGGGAAUCGGAAGAGUUUUCAUCGAGGUGCAACUGCACUCGAUGCACGUUAUCGCGUAGAAGCAGUCGCGUGAAAAGCGCCACGUCCGCCUCCCCCCGUGGUUUCUCGAUCAGCUCCCCCGCGAUCUCCUUGCCAAAGAUCAAGAGCCAGCCUCGAACUUGCUCCCGCUCUUGCGGCGGGAUAUCAAACGCUAGGAAACAAGUGGAAAGGUCCCUCUCGUGUAGGAUCCGCUCGACCAAUUCCUGCUGCGAGAGAUUGAAACGGCGCAAGGAUUCGUCAGGGGACGACGAGGCGAUGGACAGGCGACAGGAAAAUCAGGAAUUCAGAAUUUUGGGAAUGUACAGCACGGCGUCGAGCACUUACGAGAGCGAAUCGGAUCAAUGGGAUAUAUUCUCCACGACCGUCACGCGUUUCCUGAAAAGAUUGGAGAGACCUUACGCGCUCGAGGCGCAGGCGGAAAUUCAACGAAUUUUGAAGGCGAUGCUGAUGAAAUCAAAGCUCGCGCGCAACUGGCCGACAAUUAACAGACGAGGAACGGGCGUUCCGUUGAAAAAUCAAUGGCCAAUCCGCCGGAGUCUCUUCGGGAGGAUAUGCACGCGCGGAUGGGGAUCGAGGCGAGGAUCGAUCGUCGUCGAUAAAGGAUAAACGUCGAGAAGAAGGGGAGGACGGUGCGAGGGGAGUACCAUCGGAUUGUAUAAUGCGUAAUAACGCGUACGCAAUAAUCUCGGGACGAGAAAAUUAUUAUUAUUCGCUUACCAGGUUACACGCGUCGGGACCUGGAUCCGCAUCGCGCACCAUCGUCCUGCGAGUGGUGGUCGCGUGAUCACCUACGAGCACGGUUACAUAGUGAAUGUUCGCACGAAGACAGGUGUUUUAUUUCUCACUUCUCGAGCCCCCCCCUCCGCACUCCGAGGAAAAAGAAAUUUAUCCCAACCCCGGUCCGAGAGAUGGAAAACGCUGGGGAUGGCUGGCCGUCCAAGGCGAGGUGGAACGCGAGAUAGAACGCGGAAAAACGCGGACACCAAGGCGACACACCUCUGCGCCGACGACGACGACAGAGUUGAUGCGGACCGCGGAAGGGAGGCUGCGAAACUGAGAUGAAACCACGGCGCAACCCCGGUGCGCGCGCGCACCAAAACCACCCCCGGAAUACACGGAAGCAGCCCGGCCGAACCAACACUACCCCCUCCCCGCCUACUAUACUACCCUCCAGGACUACCACGACGACGACGACGACGACGACGACGACGACGAUGCUCCCGCUUCCAUUUUUCUCGUUCCCUUUCUUCUUUUCAGCCCUCCUUCCUCAGCCUACCCUUUGACCGCCAAA